AUGGAGGAAAUUUCUGCCAGUGCUGAAUCUGCUGAACAAGACAACCCAAAACCGUCAACACAUCACACAGGAUGGAGCAGCUUCAACCAUAGCUGCUAUCUCCUCUCGGAAAGCUUUGGUUCCUGGGAUGCAGCCAGAAAGGACUGCAAAGACAGAGGAGCAGAUCUGGUGGUUAUUGACAGCGCUGAAGAACAGACCUUUCUCUCUACGAUCACCACAAAAGACGCUUGGAUUGGUUUAAAUGACAAAGAACAGGAGGGAACAUGGAAAUGGGUAGAUGGGACUCCACUGACUCUGACGUACUGGGCAAAAACACAACCUGAUAAUGGUGGAAAACAGGACUGUGCUUAUGUCACAAAGGAUGAGAGAAGGUCUUGGGGUGAUGGUUGGUGUUUGAUACAAUAUCGUCAAUGGAUCUGCGAAAAAACACCAAACCCAAAAAAUACAUGUCCUGUAGGAUGGAGAAGCUUCAAUCAUAGCUGCUAUCUCCUCUCUGAAAGCUUUGGUUCCUGGGAUGCAGCCAGAAGGGACUGCAGAGGCAGAGAAGCAGAUCUGCUGGUUAUUAACAGCCCUGAAGAACAGAACUUACUCUCUAAAAUCACCACAGAAGUUUGGAUUGGUUUGAAUGACAAAGAACAGGAGGGAACAUGGAAAUGGGUCGAUGGGACUCCACUGAAUGUGACGUACUGGGCAAGUGGUCAGCCUGAUAAUGGCGGAGAAGAGGACUGUGCUCAUGUCAUAUGGGAUAAACAAAAAUCUUGGAAUGAUCUUUCGUGUUCAUCUUCUCGUCAAUGGAUCUGUGAAAAAGUUUCAGAAAACAACUGA